CGCUCUCUCCUCGCGUGUUUGCUCUCUCCAUUAGUGAGGUGACAGGAUACUUCUCUGUCUCUCCAUCUUUUCUCUCUCUCUUCCACCUCAGCUUCCUCUAACAGCAGGGAUGUAGUCCUCUGCCUCUUUCAAACUUCAGCACCUGCCAUGCUGUGAACUCCUUGGUGACCUCUAUUCAUUCUAUUGAGACCUUUUUCGUCUCUCGCUCCUCACUGAGAUUUUUUGCUCCACUUGUUUGAGAGGAUCUAAGAGGACCUUAUUGGGUUUGGAAGGUGUUUGAUUUCUCUCUAUACCCUGGUGGAACAACAGGACCAUGUCCAUGAAGGAGACCAUUCUGCCCAUCAGCGAGGUGUCUGGCCCGGCCCAGGCGCCCUACCCGGAGGUGGUGGAGCUCAACGUGGGCGGCCAGGUGUACGUCACCAAGCGCUCCACCCUGGUCAGCGUGCCCGACACCACCCUGCACGCCAUGUUCACCCGGUGCCCGCCACGGGAGCUGCCAAGGGACAGCCGCGGGCGCUUCUUCAUCGACCGCGAUGGCUUCCUGUUCCGCUACGUGCUGGACUUCCUGCGAGACCGCCAGCUGGUGCUGCCCGACCACUUCCCUGAACGUGAGCGCCUGCAGCGGGAAGCCGAGCACUUCCAGCUGGGUGAGCUGCUGCGCCUCCUGGGGCCCCGGGUGGGUUCCAAGCAGGGCUCCAUGAAUGAUGAAGGCUGCCACAGCGACAUAGAGGAGAGCUCACAAAGCAGUGAGUACCCCACAGGUCGUACCUUGACUUCCUCGGACAAGAGGUCAGGGUUCAUUACCAUCGGCUACAGGGGAUCCUACACCACAGUGCGGGACAACCAAGCCGAUGCCAAGUUCCGACGCGUGGCCAGGAUCAUGGUGUGUGGACGCAUCGCCCUGGCCAAAGAGGUGUUUGGGGAAACGCUGAACGAGAGCCGUGACCCAGACCGGCCGCCGGAGAAGUACACGUCACGGUUUUACCUCAAGUUCACGUACUUGGAGCAGGCAUUUGACCGGCUUUCUGAGGCGGGCUUUACAAUGGUGGCGUGUAACUCCACGGGAACAGCCACUUUUGUCAACCAGUACAGGGAUGACAAAAUCUGGAGCAGCUAUACAGAGUACAUCUUUUUCAGUAAGUGCAAGAUGACUUCUCACCCAUUCACUAACAUACAUAUUGGAAAGGUGGGUCCAACAUGUUUUGUCAGGUUUUAGUAUUGU